CCGACUUGGUCCAGAUUUUAUAUAUAAUGUUGUGUUUCCGGGACGUCUGGCGCUGAAUGUGAUUGCUAUGGAAGCUACUCUACGAAGAACGGUGAAUUCUGUAACUGAUGUUAUAUUUCCACCAUCAAAAUCUACGCAGGAUCCCCAGCAACACCAAAUACUUAAAGCUGGUAAUGAGUAUGUCACAAGUCUCCCUCUGCAGAUGGCACUGUAUUUUAAUGCCUUCUUCUCCCCCUUCUGGCUUGUGGCGACAGUUGUUGUGUUUGAAGUAAAGUAUUCUGCCUUAUCAACACUGUAUGCAAUCAUAUUAUUAGCCAUCUACAUUGUCUUUACCAUUAUUGAAAUCGUCAGACUGUAUUUAGGAUUUCUGGGAAAUCUAACAGAAAGGGUUCCCGAGUUAGCUGGUUCCUGGCUCUUAACUAUACUGAUACAGUUUCCUCUUAUAAUACUGCUACUCUUCAAUGAAGACGCUGUUUUACUUCCUUUGGAGAGAGCUGUACAUAUUGUGAUGGCCUUGUUUGUGUUUUUUGAAGUGGUGUAUGGAUAUUUUGCCAUCAGAUUCAUGGUUAAUUACCAAGUGACAAAGUUUCAUCUGAAACAGUUCUCCGACUUGGAAAAUUUGUCAGACAAUGAUUACUGGCAGGAUAAAUAUGAAUCAUACACGUAACAAUUUCUUUUUAAAAUAAAUGAAGUGUAUACAUGUACAUAGCAUAUCUGUAAUAAAUACAUAUUGACGUA